AAGAUAGAACACAAAUAUUCGUCACCCUGUGCGAGUCACUACAAUCCAACUGCAAAAGUCUUAAAAAGUCAGCGGCGACAAUUUGAUUUCCUACCUCAAAUUCUGUCACUACACAUGGCAAUUUUUGCAGCUGUGUUGUUGUGGCAUGUCAUUGCCUUGCUGGUUGUGGCGAAUUUGGGGUAUUCUUCAAACCUUGAUGCCCAAAAACUCAACGCAGAGGUUAUCUAUGCCCGAAAUGGAGCUGUUGCCACUGAUGACCGUCGGUGCUCAAGGAUCGGCAAGGAUAUUCUCAGAGAAGGAGGGCAUGCUGCGGACGCUGCAGUGGCUGCUGCCCUUUGUUUGGGGGUUGUCAGUCCUGCCUCCAGUGGCCUUGGCGGAGGAGCCUUUAUGCUUCUCAGGCAGGCUAAUGGGGUGUCCAAGGCCAUUGAUAUGAGAGAAACUGCUCCUUCUCUUGCUUCUAAGGAUAUGUAUGGUGGAAAUACUACUUUGAAGGCCAAAGGAGGCCUCUCUGUUGCAGUUCCUGGAGAACUUGCUGGCCUUCACGUGGCGUGGAAACAAUAUGGGAAACUUCCAUGGAAAAGGCUUGUAAAUCCAGCUGAGAAACUAGCGCGUGGGUUUAAAAUAUCGGCAUACCUGCACAUGCAGAUGAAGGCAACAGAGUCAGAUAUAUUGCAAGACAAGGGUCUUCGUAGCAUAUUUGCACCAAAUGGAAAACUCUUGAACAUAGGUGACAUGUGCUACAAUAAGAAGCUAGCCGACACUCUCAGAGCGAUAUCUGUGUUUGGUCCGAAAGCCUUCUAUGAUGGAUGGAUUGGUCAUAAUUUAGUUAAGGAUGUUCAGAAUGCUGGAGGGAUAUUGACUACGAAAGAUCUCAAAAAUUACACUGUUAAACAGAAGAAACCUUUAUCUACAAAUGUUCUUGGACUAAAUCUCCUUGCCAUGCCUCCACCAUCAGGUGGACCUCCAAUGAUACUACUGCUGAACAUUCUAGAUCAAUAUAAAAUCCCUUCUGGCAUUUCUGGUGCCCUAGGGGUCCAUCGUGAAAUUGAAGCUCUGAAACAUGUAUUUGCCGUGAGAAUGAAUCUUGGUGAUCCUGAUUUUGUUAAUAUUACAGAGGUUGUUUCUGAUAUGCUUUCUCGUAGGUUUGCUAAAGUGUUGAAAAAUGACAUCAAUGAUAAUAAGACUUUUGACCCCAGUCAUUACGGUGGCAAGUGGAAUCAAAUUCAUGAUCAUGGUACAAGUCAUUUAUGUGUAAUAGAUCUUGAGAGAAAUGCCAUUUCCAUGACUACUACUGUAAAUUCAUAUUUUGGUUCAAAGAUCCUUUCACCAAGUACUGGAAUAGUACUGAACAAUGAGAUGGAUGAUUUUUCCAUGCCUAGAAAUGUUUCCAAGGAUACCCCACCACCAGCUCCUGCCAAUUUCAUCGUGCCAGGAAAGCGGCCACUAUCAUCCAUGUCACCAACUAUUGCCCUCAAGAAUGGGAAGCUAAAAGCUGUAGUAGGUGCAAGUGGAGGUGCUUACAUUAUUGGUGGAACUUCAGAGGUUCUUUUGAAUCACUUCGGUAAAGGAUUGGAUCCUUUUUCUUCUGUAACGGCUCCAAGGGUCUAUCAUCAGCUAAUUCCUAAUGUGGUUAACUAUGAGAAUUGGACAACUGUGAACGGUGACCACUUUGAACUUAGCGCUGAUAUCAGGAAUGUCCUUAGAAGUAAGGGUCAUGUCCUACAGGGCCUUGCCGGUGGGACUAUUUGUCAAUUUAUUGUUAUAGACGAUUUUGUGUCAUCAAGAAAAACUAAAGUGAAUGGAAAUGAAAGGCUUGUGGCAGUGAGUGAUCCAAGAAAGGGUGGUCUUCCUGCAGGCUUUUGAGAUAAUUCAUUGACAUUGUGAUAUCUCUGUUUCAUCUAUGCAAUCCUAGUUUGUCCUGU